AUGGCGGCCUAUUCAGCCAAGCUGGAGUUUGCCAAGCUCACCGAACGCAACUUUAGCGAAUGGAAGUCCCACAUAAGAACAGAACUGAGUAUGAACGGAGUGUGGGGUAUUUGCACCGGGGAGUACACCUUCGCCAUGUUUUUCGAGGAACGAAUGCAUUUUGUCCCCGCUUUCAUAGUCGAAGACCACCGCUAUAAUCCCAUCUUCAUCAACAUUCACAAGCGAGAUUGGGAGAGAAUGUGUGCCAUAGCCACGGGAGCAAUACUCUCCUCCAUGGAGGAUCACUUGUUCUUGCGCUACGAGAAAUACGAGGACCCGGCGCUUCUAUGGCAGGCGCUUCUUGAUGGGCAUCAAGCCAGUUUUUACAGUAGUGAUGAUUAUCUUUACUCGGAGCUGCUUGAUAACACCAGGUUACUCGAGGGGGAGCCUGUGGCUAGCUAUAUCAAUAGAGUCAACCACUUGCUUGGACAACUGCAUGAGAAGGCAGCAGCGGCGGAGGGUCUAUCGCUUAUGAUGGCGGGGCUCCCCGAUGAUUGGCAGAUGGUCAAAGAUAAUAUAAUGGCCCAUGAGUCUCCCAGCAUUGACUCGGUAAUUUCUCAGCUGGAAGAAUUUCAACACCAUUGCCAAAGGUGGAACGCGCAACAGGCCAGAAUCUCAAGCGGCGCUCCCAGGGGAGGUAGGAGGAACCAAAGAGGGAGACGCCGGUAG